CUUCACAUCUGGCUGCUCCAGGACGAGCCUUGUGGAACAGGUCUUUUGUUUCUUUUCAUGUGUCCCAUACAAAGAAAAUAUAAACCAAAGACAGAAACUAACUCACUGUCUUCUCUCUUUCUCCCUGCAGACUAUGUCAGAGAGUCACAAUGACCUUGCACAAUAACACUUCAACCUCGCCUUUGUUUCCAAACAUCAGCUCUUCCUGGAUUCACAGCCCCUCUGAUGCAGGGCUGCCCCCAGGGACAGUCACUCAUAUUGGCAGCUACAAUGUUUCUCGAGCAGCUGGGAAUCUCUCCUCUCCAAAUGGUACCACCAGUGACCCUCUGGGAGGCCAUACCCUCUGGCAAGUGGUCUUCAUCGCAUUUUUAACAGGCUUCCUGGCCUUGGUGACCAUCAUUGGCAACAUCCUGGUCAUAGUGUCAUUUAAGGUCAACAAGCAGCUGAAGACGGUCAACAACUACUUCCUCUUAAGCCUGGCCUGUGCUGAUCUGAUCAUUGGGGUCAUUUCAAUGAAUCUGUUUACUACCUACAUCAUCAUGAACCGAUGGGCGUUAGGGAACUUGGCCUGUGACCUCUGGCUUUCCAUCGACUAUGUAGCCAGCAAUGCCUCUGUCAUGAACCUUCUGGUCAUUAGCUUUGACAGGUACUUUUCCAUCACAAGGCCACUCACGUACCGAGCCAAACGAACAACAAAAAGAGCUGGUGUGAUGAUCGGUCUGGCUUGGGUCAUCUCCUUUGUCCUAUGGGCUCCUGCCAUCUUGUUCUGGCAGUACUUUGUGGGGAAGAGAACAGUGCCCCCUGGGGAGUGUUUCAUUCAGUUUCUCAGUGAACCUACUAUUACCUUUGGCACGGCUAUUGCUGCCUUUUAUAUGCCCGUCACCAUUAUGACUAUUUUAUACUGGAGGAUCUAUAAGGAAACUGAAAAACGUACCAAAGAACUUGCUGGACUGCAAGCCUCAGGGACAGAGGCAGAGGUGGAAAACUUUGUCCACCCCACAGGCAGCUCCCGAAGCUGCAGCAGCUAUGAGCUUCAGCAGCAAAGCAUGAGGCGCUCCUCCAGGAGAAAGUACGGCCGCUGCCACUUCUGGUUCUCUACCAAGAGCUGGAAACCCAGUGCUGAGCAGAUGGACCAAGACCACAGCAGCAGUGACAGCUGGAACAACAACGAUGCUGCUGCCUCCCUGGAAAACUCCGCCUCCUCUGAUGAGGAGGACAUUGGCUCUGAGACAAGAGCCAUCUACUCAAUUGUACUGAAGCUUCCAGGUCACAGUACUAUUCUCAACUCCACCAAGUUACCCUCGUCAGACAACCUGCACGUACCAGAGGAGGAGCUGGGGCCAGAGGACUUGGAGAGAAAAGGCAACAAGCUGCAGGCUCACAAGAGUGUGGAUGAUGGAGGCAGUUUUCCAAAAAGCUUCUCCAAGAUUCCCAUCCAGUUAGAGUCUGCCGUGGACACAGCCAAGACCUCAGACGUAGACUCGUCAGUGGGUAAGACCACGGCCACUCUACCUCUGUCUUUCAAGGAAGCCACUCUGGCCAAGCGAUUUGCUCUGAAGACCAGAAGCCAGAUCACAAAACGGAAAAGGAUGUCCCUCAUCAAGGAGAAGAAGGCGGCCCAGACCCUCAGCGCCAUCUUGCUCGCCUUCAUCAUCACCUGGACCCCUUACAAUAUCAUGGUUCUGGUGAACACCUUCUGUGACAGCUGCAUACCCAAAACCUAUUGGAAUCUGGGCUACUGGCUGUGCUACAUCAACAGCACCGUAAACCCCGUGUGCUAUGCCCUGUGCAACAAAACAUUCAGAACCACCUUCAAGAUGCUACUGUUGUGCCAGUGUGACAAGCGAAAGCGCCGCAAGCAGCAGUACCAGCAAAGACAGUCGGUCAUUUUUCACAAGCGUGUGCCAGAGCAGACCUUGUAGAAUGAGGUUGUAUUGAUAGCAGUGACAAAACGCACACAUCAACCCACAGACCUUAGGAUAGGUAAGGUGCGGGUGGGGGUGAUCUCUGGUGACAACAUAAAACACUUUUAUCACCCAGAUGUGAAAGAAGCUGUCUGUUUACUGACCCACUGAAUAGACCCAUUUUAAUAUGAAAGUCAAACAUCAACCCAGCAAAAAAAAAA